CAGACAAUCAUUUCUCCUCCAGUCACAAACCCAGCUGAAAACUUCAAGUCAGUGUCACCGGUGAAUCGCCGAUCAAAUCGACGGUAGCAGAAGAUGGGCACCCUAGGAAAGGCCAUUUACACCGUCGGAUUCUGGAUUCGUGAAACCGGACAGGCUCUCGAUCGCCUUGGCUGCCGCCUUCAAGGGAACUACUGCUUCCAGGAGCAACUGUCUAGGCAUCGAACUCUUAUGAACUUAUUUGAUAAAGCUCCUUUGGUCGACAAGGAUGUAUUCGUGGCUCCAGGUGCCUCUGUCAUUGGGGAUGUUCAAGUUGGAAGAGGAUCAUCUAUUUGGUAUGGAUGUGUCUUGAGAGGUGAUGUGAACAGCAUCAGUGUUGGAUCCAGAACUAACAUACAAGACAACUCCCUUGUGCAUGUGGCAAAGUCUAAUAUAAGUGGAAAGGUGCUACCAACCAUCAUUGGGGACAAUGUUACUGUUGGUCAUAGCGCUGUUUUACAUGGCUGUACCGUUGAGGAUGAAGCAUUUGUUGGUAUGGGAGCGACACUGCUUGAUGGUGUUGUUGUUGAGAAACAUGGUAUGGUUGCUGCUGGAGCUCUUGUGAGACAAAAUACAAGGAUCCCUACUGGAGAGGUAUGGGGAGGCAAUCCAGCAAAAUUCCUGAGGAAGCUUACUGAUGAAGAGACACAAUUUAUUUCCAAAUCAGCUACCAAUUAUUUCAACCUUGCACAAAUUCACGCUGCUGAGAAUGCCAAGUCCUUUGAGGAGAUUGAAUUUGAAAAGGCUCUACGCAAGAAGUUUGCUCAUAGGGAUGAAGAGUAUGAUUCAAUGCUGGGUGUUGUCCGGGAAACUCCCCCAGAGCUAAUUCUUCCGGAUACUAUCUUACCAGAUAAAGAAUUAAGAGCUUUUCAAAAGUAAUAAUUCCACAAGGUAUAUUUUAUUUUUGUUUGGUUCAAAUCUUAAGAUUUGACAUCGACAAUCAUUUUGUUGUCUUGUGCAAAUACAAGGGAUUGCUUUCUUUCCCAAUAAUAUCAGACAUGCCCUAGGAUUGUUGCCUCUUUUUAUAGCAUUCAAGCUCCACUCAUACAGUGGUUGGUCGGGAACCCAUUUUGUUCACGGGAGAGACUAAUAUCAUGAAGUGGCAUGUAUGUUUAUCUUCGAUGUCCCCAUGUACCUAAGAUGCAUGUUCUGGAUAAUUUUAUUGUGAUUCUGGACUGUAAUGUUUUUGGUUGACACAUACCAUGAAUAAAUGCUGUAGUAGCCGCAAGAAUUAUACUUCACCUCUCUAACCAUCAAGAAGUUAAUUUCCAAGACCUCUUUUGUUUGUCAGUUACACGUUUAUAUGUGGGUAUGAUAUUGAGUUGCUGAGACUGGAAGAUGAAGGAAACAAGGGAGACGUUGUGGAAUUGGGAUUUCACCGUAUGAAACUCUCAAAAGUCAGAACAUGUGGAUUAUGAAUUGGGGACUGAACGAUUCCUUUUCCUGCCGUCUGGGUUCAACUUGAAACCUCACAUGAACCUAACCCAUGUGCUGAGAGACCUCACCCCUCUCCCUACGCAUGUUGAAAAUGCAAAGACUUUCAUAUUUAAUGUUCAAUAAUGUUAGUGAUCCCGU